UGCCGGCCGAACCUGCCGGGCCAAGCCAGGGCCUGUUCUUUGCCCACCAGCAACCCUCUUCGACACCAUCACAUAGCCGUAUCCUCGCAUAUCCACACAAGCGCAUCCCCGCAUCACCCCCCAUCAUUGCAUCAUGAAGCCGAAGCAGAUGACGCCCCUGAAGCUGCGUGUCGGCCAGUUCAAUCUAUGCAACCUCAACAAGGCCCAUACUCCCUUCUACAACUUUGCCCAUGGCUAUACCGACGAGCAGGUCCACGCCAAGGUUGAGUGGACCGCAAACCAGCUCCGUCGCAUGAAUGCCUCGAUCGUCGGCUUUGAGGAGGUUUUCCACGAAGAGCCGCUGCACCAGGCUGCCGAACUUGCCGGGUACGAUAUGGCCAAGACAACGCUGCUUUGCCCCGGCACCGACGGCACCCAGCCCUGCGUCGGGCUCCUCAGCGUCUACCCCAUCGUCGAGUGGUGCUCCAUCACUGAUUUCCCGUCCGAGUGCAUCUUUGACCUGAGCGCCGAGCAGGAUGACGACCAGCUCGAGUUGCCUAUGAAGACCUUCCAGAAGCCCGUGCUGCGAGCCGUUAUCCAGCUGCCCGUCGAUCGGACCAUCACCGUCUUUGUGGCCCACAUGAAGUCCAAGCGACCGCUGGUGCGGUGGCGGGACCGCUUCGAUCUCAAACAGACCGCAAUCGGCGGCGCUUUGUCCUUGAUUAUCCGGGCCGCAGAGGCGGCUGCCCUGCGAUGCUUGCUCAUUGACGAAACUCGCGGCCGCCCGUCUCCAUGUGUCCGCGGAGGCAAUCCUCAAUCCAGAAGCAAGCAUCGGCAAACGCUCGAGGUCAAGACCGCAGCACCCGCUCGCCGCUCACGCAGCCGCUCUGCUUCGUCGGCCCGAUCCGAUAUCUCCGGCGUCGAUGCCGACGAAGCCAUCCGAACGACCAUCCUGAUCGGCGACCUCAACGACACGGCCCACAGCGUGUCGACCGAGAUUAUGUCGGGAACGCAUCCGUGGAAGAAAAAAUCGUACGAUGAGCGCAAGAUGACCUACCACUCGCUGCUGAGCUCAACCAACGACGUCCAGAUCCGGGCCUCUGACAAGGAUGUCACCUAUACUCACAUCCACAACGGGCGAUACGAUGUCCUCGACCACAUCCUGGUCUCGAACGAUCUCGUCCGCGCCAAUCCCAACCACAUCGGCUAUGUGCAGUACCUGCAGCACUUCAACGACCAUCUCAUCGACGCGACGCUCAUGGAGGACGACGACAACGACGACCUGCCUCUCAAGCUUGCCCCAGCAGAUUCAUAUGCUCCCGACAUUGCCUUGCACGCUCUGCACGCUCUUGAUCUGCACGACCCGGCGGCAUCAUCCAGCCCGCCCUCGUCUGGCCCCACAACUCCCAGCAGCAGCAGCAGGAAGGCUGGGCACAAGCCCAGCCCCUUGCCUGUUCCGCGGGAGAGCGAUCACGGGCAAGUCAUGGCAAUUCUCAAAAUCUAUCCGCCGGGAUGGAACUCCGAAGCCGAGCGGCAGAAGAUGAUCCAGAUGGGCUACCAAAGUCCGACGGAGAUCGAGGUCCCCAACAUCAUGUAACCCCUGGGGUGCGCUGGGUGCUAAUGGCGGCCGGCAAGUGCGUAUCUCAAGACCUUGCCCUCAAGGUGGUGGCGAAUGCAUGAUGCGAUAUGGACUAUUCAUACAUACACGACAAAGAAAGACAAGCAAUGCAGCGAUGCGUUGAGCCGGGCGGUAGACAGCCGAGAGCCGAGAGCCGAGUGGUAGACAGCCGAGAGCCGAGUGGUAGACAGCCGAGAGCCGAGUGGUAGACAGCUGGGAGCCGAGUGGUAGA